CUGUUGCUGUACAGCAACAUUGAGCUCAAGGAAAAGGAACUCCCUCACCGAACAAAACUUAUGCAAUUAGUGAUGGAGAGCUUUGAUGUAGAAUAUGCUAAGAUCUUAUCUGGAAUUGAGGGGCGUGUCUCAUUUGCCAGCGAUCUUUGGACGGAUCCAAAGCUGGUCUCAUUUAUGGCAGUGACUAUACACUACAUGGCACUCACUCGCAGUGGCUAUCUUGCUCUCCGAACACAGCUUGUU